ACACGUCCAAGUUUUAAUUCUUUACUACCAUAUCCUUGAACAGCCACCCCAAAAGCUAAAAGAAGAGAAAAAUGUCCAACUCUCCCAACCUCCCUUCCCUUCUCUUCCUCUUCAUCUUCUUCACCAAUUUUUUCAUUGAUUCAGUUUCAUCCACCACAACAUGCCCGAUCGAUUUCAGCUACGUCGAGACCUGCCCUUGGGACACGUCACAGUGUCGCGACAAUGGAAAACACUGCUGCCAGACCCUCCUAAGCCUCAUUGGGAUGGGACUUGCCCAGCAUCUCAAACAAACCUCCAUGUUUCAACUACCUGAUCACAACACUUCCUCCUCAUGCCUAUCUGAUUUUGGAGCCAAGCUCGCUGCCUUGUCAGUCGAGCCCUCGCUAGCAUCAAUAUGUUUUGAGAACACUACUUUUGUCUCCAACACUUCAAGUUGUGCUGGGAUUAUUACAACUCAAGACUGGAUUGAAAAGGUUGGUCCAGUGAGUCCCCUGGACUCAUCUUGUAAAGGAGACUUGUCAGGAAACUCUGGAUUAACCAAGUGCAGCUCGUGCCUCGACGCUGGCCUGAAUGUGUAUUCCAAGCUGGUGGGUUUGGAUGCAAAUGAAACAAAAUGUUUUUACUUCACUGUUUUAUAUGCAGCUGCUAUGGUUAAUGAGUUUGGUCCAAUGGAUUCAAGAACUGCUGGUUGCAUACUAGCCUUACCGUUAGAAAGCACGAAUCAAAAAUCGUCGAAGAAACUUGAUCAAGAAACCAUACUCAAGAUUGUUUAUGCAUCGUUGGGUGCUUUGAUUGGAGUCCUGCUUGUUUUAGGAUUAAUAUUGCUGUUUAGGAAUUGGGCCAAGAAGAGGAAAAGAAAUGCUAACCAUGAAGAAUAUGUGACCACUUUCAAGGCAAGCAUUCGACCAAACUCCGGCGCAAAAUGGUUUCGAGCUUUGGAGCUUCAACGAGCUACGAAUGGACUUUCGCAGAAGAACUUGAUAGGACAAGGCACAUAUGGCGUUGUCUACAAAGGUACUCUUUCUGAUGGUACUUCAAUUGCAGUCAAACAACUUCAUGAUAUGGACUUUCAAGGAGAUGAAGAGUUCUCUAAUGAAGUCGAAAUCAUUAGCAAAAUCAGGCACCGGAAUCUCCUCUCUCUUCGCGGUUGUUGCCUGACAAGCGAUAACUUUAAAGGCCGGCAAAGAUAUCUUGUUUAUGAUUACAUGCCAAACGGCAGCAUUGGCGAUCAUUUGUCAGACAAUCAUAGAAGGAAGUCCUUAACAUGGCCAAUUCGGAAGAACAUUAUCCUGGAUGUGGCUAAAGGGCUCAAUUACUUGCAUUAUGGGAUCAAACCCGCGAUCUAUCACCGCGACAUUAAGACGACUAACAUACUCUUGGACUCAGAAAUGAAAGCUAGAGUUGCGGAUUUUGGAUUAGCUAAGCAAAGUUUAGAAGACCAGUCACAUUUAACAACAAGAGUUGCUGGCACACAUGGUUACUUAGCACCGGAGUAUGCUCUGUACGGUCAAUUAACAGAGAAGAGCGAUGUAUACAGCUUUGGCAUUGUGAUUCUUGAAAUCAUGAGUGGAAGAAUGGUGCUCGACACAUCAAACCCAUCAUUUCUUCUGAUCACAGAUUGGGCUUGGACGCUGGCGAAAUCAGGGAAAGUUGAUCAAAUCCUGGAUGAAUCAAUAAGAGAUGGAGGACCAAAAGGGGUGAUGGAGAGGUUUGUUAGAGUUGGGAUUCUUUGUGCUCAUGUGAUGGUGGCCUUGAGACCCACCAUUGCUGAUGCUCUUAAGAUGUUAGAGGGUGAUAUUGACAUUCCUAGAUUACCAGAUAGACCAUUGCCUCUUAGUCAUGAGUCAUUUAGAUCCUCUAUAUGGUAUAGUACAUCAAUGAAUGAACCAUCAAGAACCAGUUCAAGCAUUAGCACCACAUCAAACCAGUCAUUACGCUAGCUUGGUCAAGCAGAGAGAACUAAGUUGUAAAUUUUGAAUUCAGACAUUCUUGAUGGCUGUACAUUGUGCAUGUUUUCAUUUUAUUUAAUCCAAGUACUAUAUUUAUUCUCU